AGAAGGAAGAAGCUAAUCGUGUGGAUAGGAGGAUAAUAUAGUGUGUAAUCUUAUCUAUUCUGUAUAGAACGAUAUCGGAGAGGUGAUCGCCUGUAGGCUGUGGCUGCUGUGGAGAUCCCGGGUCUGCUGGUACUUGUAGUUUUACAGCAGCUGAGUUUCUUCUUCCGUCAGUUUCAAUUUCUUUGUCUGGCCUAAAAAAAAUCAUACCAAGAUGGCAGCAAAUAAAGAUCUUACAUCCGACCAGCGUUUUAGUCAGAUCACAAAAGACCCCAGAUUCUGGGAGAUGCAGGAAAAAGAGAAGAAAAUUAAGAUCGAUAAACGAUUCCGGGCCAUGUUCCAUGACAAGAAGUUCAAUCUGAAAUAUUCGGUGGACAAACGGGGGCGUCCUGUUAACCACAACACCACAGAAGACCUGAAACGCUACUACGAUCUGUCCGAGUCCGAGGAGGAGGACGCAGAAACGGCUUUAAGUGCCAAGAAAGAGAAGAAAAAGAAAGCGAAACAGAAGCAGAAAGAGGAGACAAAAUCCAAAGAAACUUCUACAAAAAACAUCAAUGAGAAAAAAGAAGCAGAAACCUCUGGAGCAAUGAGCAAAGCUGAGAAACAAGAGAAAGGGAAUAAACUGUCUAAGAAGAAAAAUAAUAAUGAAGAAGUCAAGAGGAAAGGAAAACCAUCUGUUAGUGUUCCCCUAAAAAGUGCUGAGAAGUCUGCAAAAGUAACAGAGCCAUCGGAAUCGGAGGAAGAAUCAGGUCUCGAGGAUGAAAGUGACCAAUACAGCAAUGAUGAGAUCAGUUCUGAGGAAGAGGCGAGCAGGAAGGAACUGGAGGAAGAGGAGGAAGAUGAUGGUUCAGAAGGAGAAGAAUCCGAAGAGGAUGAUGAUGAUGAAGGGGCUAGUUCUGGAGAAGAGGAGGAUAGUGACAGUGGUCCAGAUCUGGCCAGAGGUAAAGGAAACAUUGAAACAAGUUCUGAAGAGGAAGAUGAGGAUGAAGACGAACUUGAUUUACCAGGAAAAGAAAUUGAAAUUGAGCAUUCUUGGAGAGAAAUGGACAAAGAUGCGCCUCGUGGAGAUCAGGUUACCAGACGAUUGGCUGUUUGCAACAUGGACUGGGAUCGACUGAAAGCUAAAGACCUUUUGGCUUUGUUUAACUCCUUUAAACCAAAGGGGGGGAUUGUGUUUUCUGUAAAGAUUUACCCCUCAGAGUUUGGAAAGGAAAGAUUAAAAGAGGAAGAACUUCAUGGACCCACAGAACUAAAGAACGUUUUAGAAGAUGUAUCAGAAGAACAACAAAUUUACAAGGAGAAGUUACGGGAAUAUCAGUUUAAACGUCUGAAGUACUAUUACGCAGUGGUGGAGUGUGACACCCCAGAGACGGCCAGUAAAAUCUACGAGGAGUGCGAUGGCUUAGAAUUCGAAAGCAGCUGUUCUUUUGUGGAUCUAAGGUUUGUCCCUGAUGAUGUGCAGUUUGAUGAUGAACCAAAGGACUCUGCUGUGGAUGUAGACCUUUCUGCUUAUCAGCCAAAGUAUUUUACUUCUGCAGCUGUGGUAACAUCUAAGGUGGAGCUAACUUGGGAUGAAACUGAUCAGGAGCGAGUCACAACUUUAAAUAGACCCUUCAAUAAAAAAGAAAUCCUUGACAUGGAUUUUCAGGCAUAUUUAGCAUCCUCCAGUGAAGAAGAGGAAGAUGAGGAGAUUGCACAAGAAACAGAAGAGUCUGCAAAUCCUGAAGUUACAAAGUCUAAGAAAAGCUCGAAAGAUGAUGAAGAUCAAAUAGAACGGUACAGGCAGCUGCUUAAAGGUAUCCAGGAAAAAGAGAAGAAGCAGCAAGAAAAGGAUAUAGAAAUGGAAGUAAAAUGGGUGCCAGGGCUAAAAGAAAGCGCAGAACAGAUGGUUAAAAACAAACUUGAGGGAAGAGAUUCACUAACACCAUGGGAGAAAUACCUGCAGAAACAAAAAGACAAAAAGAAAUUAAAAAGGAAAAAGAAGGAGAACGUAGAAGAGUCUGACGAUGAGGAGGACGUCCCAUCCGAUGUUGAUCUCAAUGACCCAUUCUUUGCUGAAGAGAUGAAGAAGCCAAGUCUGGAUAAGAAAUCUGCAGGCGGCAAGAAGAAGGAAGAUCAAGAGUCAUCUGCAGAUGAUGAAGAAGAGAGCGAGAAACAGAAAGCGGAGAUGGCUUUGCUCAUGAUGGACGAUGUUGAGGACGACCGGAAACAUUUCAAUUAUGAUAAGAUCGUAGAGCAUCAAAACCUAAGUCGCACUAAGAAGAAGAAACUUAAAAAGAGCGAUAAAUUAGUGCAGGAUGACUUUGAGAUAAAUGUUGAGGAUUCAAGAUUCCAGGCAAUGUACACAUCACAUUUAUAUAACGUGGAUCCUUCAGAUCCCAGCUUCAAGAAAACCAAAGCGAUGGACAAAGUAUUGGAAGAAAAGGCACGAAGGAGAGAACGAGAGCAGAAGAAUUACACAGAGACUGUAAAGAGACAGCAGGAAAAAUUGGAGACUGGUGAUAAAACAGGAACAUCCGCCAGAAAAGUAGAUCCAGCUCUGUCGGCACUGCUGAAAUCUAUAAAGAAUAAAACACAGCAAUUUCAGGCUUCAAAAAAACAGAAAACGAAAUAGCUGUAUUUGUCACCUUUCUGAUGAGCAGACAACUUUGUAUAUAUAUCUACAGUGGAAUAAAUGAUUUAUAAGCUAUCCAGGACUAAAAGAGUGGUAGUCAAUGCUAUGUAUAACCUUCAAUAUCAGAUUUAUGUCACCCCUGUUGAUCAACUAAUAGACAGGGCCAUGGAUUGUCCACUUCGGCGUCUACCCUAUACAGCCCCAUACAACUGCUGUGUGCACAGGCACAGCCACCACCAGAACUGUCCAGUCCCAAGGAUUGGAAAGUCAUGAGUGACCUCUAUAAAGUGCAACUGUCAUCAUUUUUUAACCCCCCCCCCCCUCCCCAGACUACUUCAAUGUUGUUGCUGAUAACCAUAAAGUGAAUGUAGCCGCACCUUUAUCAACGCUUUUCCUUCUAUUAUAAGUUCUAAAAUCAUUUUAUCUAGUGGUCAGGCACAGUUAGAUAGGUUUGGCUUGGGGUUCGCAAAGCCUCGCCGCCACUGCCACGCCUAUCCUCUCUUUCAGGGCUGGGACUGCUGUGUAGUUAGACCAGAUCGGCAGAUCAGUACACGUGUAGGCUGAGAUGUCAGCACUGUUCAAUGUUACCUAUCCCAGUGGCUGGGAGAAAAAUGUCAAACUGGUUUAACCCCUUAAGGACCCAUUUUGGCCUUUAAAGGGGUACUGGAAAACAUUUUUUUUUUAAU